AUGAGUGAACAAUUACCUAUCAGAUUUCAAGAGCAUGCUCAAUUGCAAAACCUUGGCGUAAAUGCUGCUAGCAUUGGCUUCAACAACUUGACCAUGGAGUCGGAUAGAUUUAUUUGCGUCCGCGAGUCUGUGAACAACAACAACCAGGUUGUUAUCAUUGAUUUAGCCAACAAUAAUGAAAUCACCCGCCGUCCCAGUGGAGCAGACUCUGUUAUCAUGCAUCCCAAAGUCAAGGUCAUGGCCCUUAAAUCCCAAAGAAACCUUCAAGUUUUUAACCUCGAGUUGAAGACCAAGAUCAAGUCUCACAUGAUGUCUGAGGAUGUUGUGUUCUGGAAGUGGUUGGAUCUCAAGACAAUCGGUCUUGUCACAGAGAGAAACGUCUACCGUUGGUCUAUCGAGGGAGAAUCAGCUCCCCAAAAGAUUUUUGAAAGGCAUGCCAGUUUAUCAGAUUCUCAAAUUAUCAACCUGCGUGCUUCAGCCGACGAGAAAUGGUACGUCCUUGUGGGUAUCGCUCCCAGAGAAGGCCGUGUUGGUGGUUAUAUGCAACUCUACUCCAAGGAGCGUGGUGUCAGUCAGCCUAUUGAAGGCCAUGCUGCUGCUUUUGCUGAAAUCACCUUGGAAGGCGCUGCCCAUCCUACCAAGCUCUUUACAUUUGCUGUGCGUUCUCCUUCCAACCUCAGCGCAAAGCUUCAAAUCAUCGAAGUGGAUCAUGUCGACGGAAACCCUCCAUUCCAAAAGAAGGCUGUGGAGGUCUUCUUCCCUGCCGACUCUGCCACUGAUUUCCCUGUAGCCAUGCAAAUCAGCCAUAAGUACGGUGUCAUCUUCUUGGUCACCAAGAUGGGUUACAUCCACCUCUACGAUCUCGAGUCGGGCACUUGCAUCUACAUGAACAGAAUCAGCAGUGAUACCAUCUUUGUUACCGCCGAGUAUGAUCCUACCUCUGGUAUCAUUGGCGUCAACAAGAAGGGUCAGGUGCUCUCUGUUUCUCUUGAUGAAAACAACAUCAUUCCCUACAUUAUCAACACGUUAAACAACCAAGAAUUAGCCCUCAAGCUUGCUUCUCGCGGUGGUCUUUCUGGUGCUGAUGAUUUAUACAUUCACCGUUUCCAAACCCUAUUCAACAGCCACAACUUUACUGAAGCUGCCAAGGUUGCUGCUAAUUCUCCCAGAGGUAUUCUUCGUACCACCGAGACGAUUGAAAAGUUUAGACAGAUUCCUGCUGCUCCCAACUCACUUCCACCCAUUUUACAAUACUUUGGCACUCUGCUCGAAAAGGGCGUCCUCAACAAAUACGAAUCUCUCGAGCUUGCCAAGCCCAUCCUCACUCAAAAUCGUAAGCCCCUUUUGGAGAAAUGGUUAAAGGAAGACAAGCUACAGUGCAGCGAAGAGCUUGGUGAUUUGGUCAAGCAAUACGACUCUCUUUUGGCCUUGUCUGUCUACUUGCGUGCUGAAGUCCCCAACAAGGUUGUACUCUGUAUGGCCGAGAACCGUCAAUACGACAAGAUUUUAGCCUAUGCCAAGACAGUGGGUUACUCUCCUGAUUAUGCUUCCUUGCUCUACAACAUUGCUCGCACUGAACCCGAGAGGGCUGCUGAAUUCGCCACGUCGCUCAUGAAUGACGAGAACGGCCCCUUGAUUGAGCCCGAGAAGGUGGUCGAUGUGUUCCAAUCUCAAAACAUGAUCCAGCAAGCUACUGCUUUCCUUUUGGACUAUUUGAAGAACAACAGAGAAGAGGACGCAGCUCUCCAAACACGUGUCUUGGAAAUGAACUUGGUGCAUGCCCCUCAAGUUGCGGAUGCCAUUUUGGGUACUGGCAUGCUUACUCACUACGAUAAGGUAGUUGUUGGUAAUUUGUGUGAAAAGGCUGGUUUAUAUCAACGUGCCCUCGAACACUACACCGAUAUCCAUGACAUCAAACGUAUUAUUCCCUUCACCCAUCAAAUGAACGCCGAAUGGCUUGUCAAUUACUUUGGCAACCUCUCUGUUGACCAAACCUUGGAUUGCUUGAAGGAAAUGCUCAGCAACAACCUCCGCCAAAACCUUCAAAUUGUCGUUCAAAUCGCCAUCAAGUACUCUGAACAGCUCCAACCCCACAACCUGAUUGAGCUCUUUGAGUCUUUCAAAUCCAAUGAAGGCCUCUACUACUACUUGGGCUCCAUUGUCAAUGUUAGCCAAGAUGGCUUGGUCCACUACAAGUACAUUCAAGCUGCUUGUCGCACUGGCAAUGUCCGUGAAGCUGAACGCAUCUGUCGUGAAAGCACCUACUACGAUCCUGAGAAGGUCAAGAACUUUUUGAAAGAAGCCAAGUUGAGCGAUCAACUCCCUCUUAUCAUUGUCUGCGACCGUUUCAACUUUGUCCAUGACCUGGUUCUCUAUCUCUACCAUAACAACUUGCAAAACUUUAUUGAAACCUACGUUCAAAAGGUCAAUCCCUCUCGCACCCCUGAAGUCAUUGGUGGUCUCUUGGAUGUCGGCUGUGAUGAAGACACCAUCAAGAACUUGCUUCUGUCUGUGCAAGGUGAUGUGCCCGUCGAUAAGCUCUGUGAGGAAGUUGAGCAGAGAAACCGUCUCAAGUUGCUCUUGCCCUGGUUGAACAUGCGUGUUACUGCUGGUAGCACUGAUCCUGAAGUCUACAACGCUUUGGCCAAGAUCUACAUUGACACCAACAACAACCCCGAGCCUUUCCUCAAGGAGAACGAGUUUUACAACCCUCGUGUCAUUGGUAAAUACUGUGAAAAGAGAGACCCUUACUUGGCCUACAUUUGUUACGAGAAGGGUCAAUGCGACUAUGAAUUGAUUCACAUCACCACCGAAAACUCCAUGUUCAAGCAUCAAGCCCGUUACCUCGUCCAUCGUCGUGACCAAGCUCUUUGGGGCACUGUCUUGGUAGAAAGCAACGAACAUCGCCGUGAAUUGAUUGACCAAAUUGUGGCCACUGCUCUUCCCGAGUGCACUGAUCCUGAUGAUGUCUCUAGCACUGUCAAGGCCUUCAUGUCUGCCAACUUGCCCAACGAAUUGAUUGAACUUUUGGAAAAGAUUGUGUUGGAGAACAGUGCCUUUAACGAUAACAAGACUUUACAAAACUUGUUGAUCUUUACUGCUGUCAAGGCUGACCCCUCUCGUGUCAUGGACUACAUUAACCGUCUCGACAACUUUGACGCUUCUGAUGUUGCCGAGGUCUGUAUUGGUGAAAACUUGUUUGAAGAAGCCUUUGUCAUCUACAAGAAGCACAAUGUCGAUGCCAAUGCCAUUGAUGUCCUGAUCGAGAAGAUUGGUGAUCUUGACCGUGCCUACGAGUUUGCUGAACGCGCUGAUAAGCCUGAAGUCUGGAGCAAGCUGGCCAAGGCUCAAUUGGAGCAAAUGCAAGUCAAGGAAGCCAUUGAUUCCUACAUCCGUGCUGGUGAUAUGUCCAACUACAUGGAGGUCACUCGCAAUGCUUCUAUGGAUAACAAGUACGAAGACUUGGUUCGCUACUUGCAAAUGGCUCGCAAGCAAUCCCGUGAGCCCUUCAUUGAGACCGAGCUGUUGUACGCCUUUGCAAAGACAGAUCGUUUAGCUGAUAUGGAAGACUUUUUGGCUAGUCCCAACAUUGCUCAGAUUCAAGAAGUCGGUGAUCGCUGUUUCCGUGCUGGCAUGUAUGAGGCUGCCAAGAUCUUGUAUACUAGCAUCUCCAACCAUGCUUCAUUGGCUCAAACCUUGGUUCACUUGAAGGAUUAUCAAGGUGCUGUGGACUGUGCUCGCAAGGCCAACUCUACCAAGGUCUGGAAGGAAGUCAAUGCUGAAUGUAUCCAACAACGUGAGUUCCGUUUGGCUCAAAUCUGUGGUCUCCACAUUGUGGUUCAUGCUGAGGAGUUGGACGAACUUGUCAAGACUUAUGAAAAGAACGGUUUCUUUGAAGAGAUCAUCAAGCUCUUGGAAGCUGGUUUGGGCUUAGAAAGAGCUCAUAUGGGUAUGUUUACUGAGCUUGCCAUCCUCUACUCCAAGUACGCUCCCGAUAUGAUGAUGGAACAUCUCAAGCUCUACGUCUCUCGUAUCAAUAUGCCCAAGGUCAUUCGUGCCUGUGCUGAUGUCCAUUUAUGGCGUGAACUUGUCUUUUUGUAUGUCAACUAUGACGAGUUUGAUAACGCUGUUACUGCCAUGAUGGAACACUCUGUGGAUUCUUGGGAGCACAGCGCCUUCAAGGAAAUCAUUGUCAAGGUCUCCAACAUUGAGCUCUACUACAAGGCACUCAAAUUCUACCUUGCUGAACAACCCUUGUUAUUGAACGACUUGCUCUCUGUUAUGGUGCCUCGCAUCAAGCACACUCGUGUUGUUCAAAUCUUUGAAAAGUCUGACAACAUUCCUCUGAUCAAGCAAUACCUGAUCUCUGUCCAAGAUACCAACAACAAGGAUGUCAACACUGCUUUGAACGAGCUUUACAUUGAAGAAGAAGACUUUGAGGCUUUGCGUGAUUCCAUUGACCAUCAUGACAACAUUGAUCCUGUUGACCUUGCCAAGCGCUUGGAAAAGCACGACUUACUCGAAUUCCGUCGUAUUGCUGCACACCUUUACAAGAGAAACAGAAGAUGGAGACAAUCCAUUGCUCUUUCCAAGGAAGACCGUCUCUUCAAGGACGCCAUGGAGACAGCUGCUGAAUCCAAGGAUCGUGAAGUGGCUGAGGAACUUUUGCAAUACUUUAUCGAAGUCGGUAAGCGUGAAUGCUUUGCCGCUAUGCUCUACACAUGUUAUGAUUUGAUGAGACCCGAUGUCGUGAUGGAGUUGUCAUGGAGACAUGGUUUGAAUGAUUUUGCUAUGCCCUAUAUGAUUAAUACUAUGAAGGAACAAUUCACCAAGAUCUCCACAUUGGACAAGGAAAUGAACGAGCUUAAGGAAAAGGUCGCCAAGCAAGAGUCUAAUAACGAAAAUGCACCUACUGUUCCAAUGGGUUCUGCAAUGGGCAAUCCUCUCAUGUUGACAGCUCCCGGUAGCGGUAUGAUGUCUCAACAAUCUCCAAUGAUGACUGGUGCAUCUUUCUCCCCUUCUCCUAACAACCAAUUUGGUGGUUUCUAA